AUGCACAUCAGGACAGAUUAUUAUGAAAUCUCGUGCACGUGGGAUAUUGAAAUUGAACAAAGUGGAGGCGGAAUUCACAGAAAGAUUCGGUUCUUGGUGGAUUGCAUACUAUCAAUGAGGAAAGCAUGUGCUUUGACGUUCAACUCUGCACAAAGCCAAAGCACCGCGAAGCUUCGUGACGCGAUAGAUGAAACAAUAGAUUAUCUGAAGGAUCAGCUUCUGAGUGAUUCAAGAAUGUCCUCCGAUCCAAGCCUCAGGUCUAUGUUCUUGCUCAACAACUCCAAUUUUGUUGCGCAGCUUCUGGGAAUUGAACUUACAACAGAAUGCGAGAAGUACAAAGAUUUCUAUCUUCAUUUUUCUUGGGCACAUGUGUUGUCCUACAUACAGAACUGGAAUUCCCCUGGACUUCUACGUCGUUGGGUCCACACUUCUCCGCUAGCUAAAUUCAAGUCAGCAUUUCAUAAAAUGUACCAGACUCAGAAGUUCUGGAAGGUUCCGGACCCGCAGCUCAGAGAUGCGCUACGAAGAGCUAUCAUCGAGAGGGUUAUUUCACGUUACCGUGACUACCUGAAGGAGCAUCCAGAGCUAGCUGAACAGGUUAGCCAUGGAAGCAACAGUCCCGAGGUUUUGGAGGAGAUGCUGGGGGAGCUAUUUGAAGGAUGA